UUUUGCUUAUGUCGAGCAAGCGGGCAGCUAGUUUCAACUUGCAAGCAAGCUGUCAAGUAUGAGCAAAUCAAGACUCCAUGCUUAUAAAUCGUCACGCUCUUUCUGAAAGCCUCGUGUGAAGCCUUCGGUGAAAUUAUGCACUAAUUACCAGUAUAAUGCUUUCGGGUAUUUCUCACGGAACAACGAGACUCAGUGGCAAGAGACGAAGCCAAUGAGGGCUGCCCACGAGAUACAGUCUAGAGGAGGUUAUUUCAACAUUUCACGAUCUGGAAGACGCUUAGGGUUCCCAUAUCCGCUGGAUGAGUGAAGGACAUACCAGAGGAUUCUGACAUGGACUGUGCGGAGGUCAAAGGUCAUAUCCCAGCGGAGGAGCAGCUGGAGCCACUGGUCAUCCUCGAGGAAGGGGACAAGCUGGACGAUUUCACACAUAUCUCUACGACAGGGAAAGGCAUACUGAGAGUGAAGAAGGAAGACAUGGAAGACAGAGUUAAGGGAAGCUCGAAUGGAAGUACAGAUUCAAAAAAUGAUGUGGAAGAAGGUGAAAGCAUGCACAUAACUAUCACUCAGGAGGAAGUGGAAAGUCAGAGAAAGGAAGGGUUGGGAUACGAAAACCGAAAGAUCGAGGGAGUGACGGAAACCGAGGAGAACACCGAAGUGAAAAGAGUCCAAACCGUACCUGGAUUAGUGAUGGAGAAGGCGGGAGGGGAGAUGGAGGGAAUGCAGACAGACACAGUGUCUAAAAAAGAGUCACUUGCUGAUACCCAGCCUUCAGCCAAACUACGACCCAGAGACCGACUCAGUCCUGAAGAUGCUCAGCAAAAGGUCCACAGGUUAUCCCCGGAUUCUCCUGACGCUCUCUACGAGCUACUCUGCGCCUUGCAGGAGGGCCGUCGGCUCAACGACCAGCGCUGCUCCUUCACACUGCAGCCACGCCGGAGGUGCCACUCGGAGCCUGGAACCCCACGCCACAGCCAGAAAGUGGUCUUCUCAUCCAUGACAUCGCUGCAGAAGGAGGAGUUCUUCGAUCUGGUGGCCACCUCACAGGCUCGACGGCUGGACGACCAGCGUGCUGAUUUUCAGAGCACUUCCCCAGUAGCUCCUGUGCCUGUGCCUCAGGAGCCUCGGCGUCCCUCCAGCGCCCCUGGAUCUUUCUCGCAGCCCAGACCCAAAUCCAGGAGAAGCAGCUGGAAGGUCAUGGAGUUCGGCCAGACCGUUCCCAAACCGGCGGCGAAGGAGGAGCUCUACAAUAUGAUCCUAACCUCACAAGCACAGGGCCGUUUGGAGGAGCAGCGAAGCAAAGCACCAGGCCCUAUGGAUGAUGAAGAUUUCUUCUCCCUGCUGUUGAAGGUCCAGGGAGGCCGUAUGGAUGAGCAGAGAACAGAGCUUCCUGUAGCACUUCGGUAUUAAAAGAGACGCUGGCUAACACUGAUGAAUAUUGAAAAAGGGCGUUAUUUCGGUUACAUCUGAAAUGUCUUUUAGUUACUUUUUUAACUUUUUAGCUUUUUGUCUAAAAUGAUGUAAUUUAUGAUUGUCUGAGCCUCAAGUAGGUUUUUUUAAAUUGUUGGGGUUCCUUUUAAAUUGUUGAGAUUCAUUUUUUUUUUAGUGUUAAUCAUAGAACGUUUUUUUAUAAGAAAAGCUAGGGUCAACACUUGAGCUGAGAUAAAUGUUGCACAUGGUUGCAACAGCUAUUUAAUAUUUGCUGAUGUUUUUCAACGUUGGUGUUUGCUUCAGGGAGGCGUGAAAGAGAGAUUAGAGGAACAGAGAGUGCAGACUUUUAGAAGUGUGUAUGGUGUAAAGCAGUGAAAGACCAAGAGCUGAAAAACAAUGGGUAUAUAAGAAGUAAGGCAAGACACUGUAAGUGAAUGGGGUAAUAAAAAAAAAAAAAAAAAAAAAGAUAUCACAAUCAAUAUUUUUAGUAAGGUUUGAAAUAGGAAGAGGCAUGAACAUGUACAUUUAGGUCAGCAUGUGAAUUUAGGUCACCUAGAAACUGAUUAUGAGAAGAAAAAAAAACAAACUAUUGUGGUGUUAAUGUGUUGCAACCUGAGUUUGAUUGACAUUUACAGUACUGUGCAAAAGUCUCAAGCACCCUAUAUUUUUAGUACAAACUUUGUUAUAGAUUUUUAUUUUAUGAUUUCUACGUUAUCGAGUCAGUACAAAAACAUUUUAGAUUUCUAAACAUUAGUUUUCCAGCACAAAAGUAAAUGUUACAGAAAAAUGUUUGUAUGUCAGUAAAGAAAGCAGCAGAUUAUGUAAGAGACACUUUUCAGACAAAAAUAUAAUGAAGGCUGCUGAGUUUUGCAUGAAAAAAUAAUCGUUUUUUUUUUUAUGAAGUGUGACAGUCAAAGUCUGCAGAAGAACUCAGUAACACUUAAAGCUCAUUUCCUUAUAAAACUGCACACAUUGUACCUGAGACUACUAUUUUUUUAAAGCAAAGAGUCAUCUCACCAAAUAUUGACUUUAUUUCAUUUAUUACUAUUUACUGCUCUUCAUAGUACUUUUUAAUGUAGAAACAUUUAAUUUCAUCAUUUCUGAAGGUAUCUUUGAAGACUUUGCACGAUACUGUAUAUCAUUAUGACACAACAUUGAAAUAUCUUUCAUGAAACAAGCCCUUCAGGGAUAUAUGACAUGAUAUAAUCAUGAUAAGUAGGCGGAGCUUCUUCAAAGUCACUUAGUUGCUAACAAAAUCAGUGAAAAGAACACUUUUCUGUUUAGUUUUGAGAUUUUUUUUAUUACUGCAGUUUACGAGAUGUGUUAUAGAUGCAAUUUAUCCAAAAAUCUACAAACAUUAUUAACCAAAAUUGUCAUUUCUACCUUCAGUGUCUUGCCUUAAACUGAUGCCUAACAGAAAUAGUCAGCUGUAGAACAUUAUAUUGAAGCAGUCUGAUUUUGAGACUGGUAAGUCACGUAUGACAAGGAGCUCAAAUUGUCUAAAAAGCUGAUGAUAAAGCUCAGCUACAAGUCAAACCACCUCCUCAUCGCCAGCGUUACACCAAUCUUUAUUACUGAUAAUAAUACAUCUAAUUGAUAUCUUGAAACUAGCUAGGAGUGGUACGAGCGUUGUUAUGGUUACAGUGUGUGUGAUGUGUGAGACUCUAGCCAGCACUUUUCUAAAGUGUGAAAGCAGUCUUAGUUUUCUUUAACGAAUCUGACAAAAGCCGCCAGUUUAGCAUGGUGCAAACUGUAUGUCUGAAACGUUACACAGUCUCUUUGUGGAUUUGUUCAGUGCGUCAAACAGACUUGCUCAUGUGGUUUCUUUCUCUUUUUAUCUAUAAAAAAAAAUUAACAAAUGGACGUUACAGUGGCUGUAUCAUAGCACCAUCUCGAAGCUGAAUCACUUUCUUCCCCUUCAUCAGCUUUGAGUCAGAGGCAUGGCCUAAAGUCCGAAGAUAAAAUGACAUAUAGGAAGUGAUUUGUAAUAAUAAUAUAAUUACAAGUUGAAUGGUAUUCGUGUUUUUUUUAAAUAAUACUUUAUUCUGCAGAUUUUACAAAACUCUUUUGUUUUAUGAAAUAUUUUAUGUUGCUGAGGCAUUGAGUGUGUGACAAGUAGACAUGCAGUUUGCACAGUGUUAAACUGGUAGUUAUAAGCUUCCCUUACUUACGUGUAAUCCUCUCGAAUUAGCUCAUAAUUCAUCAUUUUCGAACUGAGCUACAAAGAGGGGGAAAAACAUGGACGCCUCCAUGUUCAUUUUUUUUUUUUACCAAUAAUCUCAUCAGCUAACUGUGAUGAGAGAUGUAUGCGAACAGGAGAACAUGUUGAUUGUUCGAAAGCAAAUACCUGUAUAUACAGUCUAACUCAUUUAAAGAUAAGAAGUGUUAUAUUGUUUACUGUUCAUGCCGUCCGCAGCCAUGUUGAUUUGACAUCACUUGCUGAACGAGUUUCCGAGUAGGAAUUCUGAGUUGAAGGGGAAGGGGCAUUUUUGAGUUACGACUUUUAGUUGAACGUAGCAUUACCUACGUUAGCCUUGUAGCUCUAGAAAAUUGUAUGAUUUGUAUUUUUGGGUAAACUAUCGCUUUAAAACACAAGAUUUCUGUAUAAAAGCUAAAUUUUUUUUGCAUUUAAAAAAAAAAAAAACAUACUGAGAAGAGCCGAAUUUGUUAAAACUCUGAUACAUGGUCGUUUUUCCAAUAAAAACGAUCAAUUUUAUUUUCGUUAACGUAACAAAGAGUAGCAAACUCAUGAGCUGUAUGAUUUUCCUUUAUCUAUUUUUGCAGGGUAUUGUUUAAUAAUGUGAAAGCAUUGUGAGUUAACUUAGAAGGUAGACUACAUACACAGCACAGGAAGUCUUGCACUACUAGUGUGGCCAAGUUUAAUGAACAAAGUGAUUAGCUUUAUACAUGAAUAUUAAUGAAUAAGUCUCUGCUGCAUCUGUUCUUUAAAAUGCAGGAUACUUGACCUGCUGUGGUGUUUAACAGAGAAAAAGCAAAACGCAUCACUGUUUUGUUGUGCACGUAAAAGAAUUUUCCAAUUAAAAUGAAUGAAUGAGUUAA